AUGGCAUCGCACUGUGCUUCGACACUGUCCGCUCUUGCGCGUCGAAGUGGUGGAACGGGAAAGACCUCAUCCUCGCCCACUCUCGAAGACUACGUCAAGCCUCGAGACACACUCUACGGAAGUUGCCGCUCUCUAAAUGACUUCGACUUCCAAGAGAUUAUUGGGGAGGGGACCUACGGCCGCGUAUGGCGGGCGUACGACCGGCGGCUGGAAGUGAUGGUGGCUCUGAAACAAAUGCGGCUACUACAACAUCAGAGCAGCAGAGAGGGAUUUCCAAGAACGACUGUGCGGGAGAUUGGAUUGCUCAAGCAGCUGCAGCAUCCAAAUAUUGUUGAGUUGCUGGAAGUCGUGUGCGGACCAGAUAUGUCAAGCACGUUAAGCCCCAAAAAGCCGAAAGUGAAAGACCCGAAGGAACAGCAGCCAUACACUGGAGACCGAUCCGUAUAUCUCGUAUUCGAGCACUGCGAAGGUGAUCUAGGCGUGCUGCUGGACGCGCGUUCGCAACCGUUUUCUGCCAGUCAAAUAAAGUCUAUAAUGAAACAGCUGUUGCAAGGCCUUCACCAUUUGCAUGCAAAUUUUAUUAUGCACAGAGAUGUCAAGCUCUCCAAUAUUCUCAUCAGCUCUAGUGGCUGUGUCAAACUUGCUGAUUUCGGGCUUACUAGAAUGUACAGCGAGCCUGGGCGAACUAUGAGUGAUGGGGUGGUGACUCUGUGGUAUCGAGCGCCAGAAUUGCUGUUUGGGGCUUCUUCGUACGACGAGAAGAUUGAUAUGUGGGCUGUAGGAUGCAUAUUUGGGGAGCUCCUGGCUCACAAGCCGUUCAUGCCUGGAAGAACAGAGCAGGAGCAGAUAAUACUAAUGUGCGGACUGUUGGGAACCCCCAGCGAAAAAGAUUGGCCAGCACCAAAAUCCCCCUCGUCGUUUUCGCAGCUCAAGCUGCCACAGGGAAAGACAAAUACCCUGAGAGAAGUUUUUAAAAAUGAGACACCCAACUGUUUGGAUUUGUUGAAUCAGCUUCUCACGUUCAAUCCGGCAAAGCGGAUCUCCGCUAGAGAUGCGCUAUUACACCCCUAUUUCACGGAACAGCCGCCUAUGAGCUGUGUGAGCUUGCUUUUCGCCUCGUCGCAAUUGUAUGCAAAGCAGAGGAACGAAGAUAAAUCCAAGCGCCGUGGUGCAGCUGGCGGGCCGCCAUUGGAGUCUAUUUUCGCUACAAACAGAAGCAGCCCCUCGCGGGCCUACGGCAUCAUGGGUUUGUGGUAUGUGCUGCCCAUCACUUGCCGUUUCGCAGUCACCUGGAUGGUAGUGGAGUCUAGGAUCUUCGUAGUCUUGAUGGUGUGUCGUGCAGCUUCACCCCCAUUGAAAACCUCCUAUAUUGUAGAUUUGUCUAUCAAUCUCUUUAUGAGACAUAGCUCUUCUGCAACACUUCCCAUCUACACAUCGCCGGCCACUACAAAGGACGCGCCCCGUCGCUUCCUGCUUGAGCGGCAG